AUGGCUACGACGACUUCCACCACCACGGUCCAGCCCCCAUUCCGGGCCGAGCAAAUGGGAUCCCUACUCCGACCACAAAAGCUAUUGGAUGUACGCAGCGCGAUCCGCGACAACCCAAACUUGACGCCCGAGGAAGCGGGCCUGCCUGCCGUCGAAAAGGAGGCCGUUGCACAGAUUGUGAAGACGCAACGAGACCUAGGCUUCAAGGGUGUCACGUCGGGCGAGUACAACCGCACGCGGUUCUGGGGUCUGUUCUGGGACGAACUCGAAGGCACGGUCAGAUUGCAGGAUGCCGAUGCCAGCAUGUUUCGUCUGUAUCAUCCCGAUGUUGUGUCUUUGAUCGAACAGGAUCGCAAAGUCAUGCCUGGUGAUUCGGUGAUUGCGGGAUCGAAGAUCCGCCAUCCGGGGCCGGAGAAGGUUAAGUCGAAUUUGCAUGAGUUGAAGCUUGUGCAGGAGGCUACGCCGAGGGAGGAGUGGGGGAAUAUUAAGUUGACUAUGAUUACGCCGGCGUGGUUCCAUAUGCGAUACAAGCAAGGUCGCGCAUACACUCCCGAAGCAUACAGCAACGACGCCGACUAUUUCAAGGACGUGGCGAAAGCGUACCAGGACGAACUGAAGAUUCUGUAUGAUGCAGGACUUCGGAAUGUUCAAUUUGAUGACCCUGGUCUUGCGUAUUUCUGUUCCAACGACUUCCGCAAUGGCUGGGCACAAGACAAGGACAACAUUGGAACCGUGGACGAUCUGCUAGACGCCUACAUUCAACUAUACAACGAUUCCAUCUCCCAAUGUCCGCCGGACAUGCACACGGGCGUGCAUCUGUGCAGAGGCAACUUCAUUGGCGGGCGACACUUUGCCGAAGGAGCGUACGACAUUAUUGCGAAGAAACUGUUUGAAAAUCUCAACGUCAACACUUUCUAUCUUGAAUACGAUACCGAGCGAGCAGGAGGUUUCGAGCCGCUCAAGUACCUGCCCAAGAACAAGAAUGUCAUUGUCGGCUGCAUCAGCACCAAGGUGCGGGAUCUGGAAGAUAAGGAAGAAAUGAAGAAGCGUAUCUACAAGGCCGCCGACUUUGUGGCCGAGGGGUCCAAUCAGACUCGGGAAGAGGCCCUCAAGAGGAUCGGCAUCAGCCCCCAGUGUGGGUUCAGUACCCACGAGUCCGGGUAUCCGCUGUCCGACCAGGAUCAGAGUGCUAAACUCGCGCUGGUCCGGGAGAUUGCCGACGAGAUCUGGGGAGAGCCGUGA